GCAGUGGAGCGUUGGCGACUGGCGUUGGCCGUUGAGUUGAGCCGCGUUGUAAUUUAGACUUUCUAACCACAGUUUUGAUUAUUCUAACACUAUUGUGAAAGAUAAAAAUAAUUUUACAAAAAAACCUUGUUAAAAACAGUGUCUGUAAUAUACAAACAUGUCUGGAUAUCCAUACGGCGGUAACCCACCACAGUACCCACCACCUCAGGGUCAGAUCUACCCUCAGAUAUACAACCCGGCGAAUGCACCACCGCCUGCACAGAAUCCGUAUCAACCAGGAUUCUCCGCAUAUCCGAGUCAGCCUGCCACAGCACCCCAUCCAGCAGCAAUGUCAUAUCCCGGAGGACCUCCGCCGCCUUCCUAUGGGUACCCUGGCUUUGGGCCGCUAGUGGAAUGGAUCCCAACCACGCCGUCCGAAGCCUACAGACUAGGCGACAGGGCGGUGGUCGCUGGGUAUGAGGGCCAUGACCAGAGCCCUCUGUGGGUGAUUCGUAGUAGAUACGAAAGCGACCUCAUUCCUGGAAAGCUGGCCGUGAAACACAGAGCAGCUUACGUGCCAUGGGGCGGCCGUGAAAAUCAAGUCCAUAGUAUUGAGGUUUGCUGCGCCCGUCCGGAUAGAGUCCGUUGGAUCGAGAGUCGUGACGGAGUCGUUCCGCCGAGCGCUAUCGUGGGCGGCAACACUGCCGCAGGCGAGCCAUUGUACAUCGGCAGAGCACGGGAGCAAGGGUCGCUUACUCCAGGGAAGGUACAUCCCAGCCACGGCGCCAUGUACAUCUCUUUCGCCGGAAAGGAGGUCGCGCACAAACAUUACGAAAUACUGUGCAGUAUUUAAUUGAUUCCAAACGUGUCUUAUAGUAAGCGUAAAUGCAUUUUUAUCAUUUUGUUAUCUUUAUUAUUAUUUUUAUAAUAAUUAUAUCUAUGAUUAUUAAAUAAAUAGAAGGUAAGACAACUCUGAGGCCAAGACUAUAUAAGACCGCGAUGUGGCUUGUAACAUAAUAUUAUAAUAGUACCAUAAUUAGCACUAAAACGAUUCUUGGUAAUGGCUAUCCUGAGUAGGGCAUUGAGACCUUGUUAUUAAGUUUUUUCGGUUCUCUUACAGACGAAGACUUUGAUAUGUCGAGGGUCGCGGGUUCUCAUUUCUGUCAAACAGCUAGCAAGUUUUCCACAAAUCGACAUAAUAUUUACAACCUCAUACGAAAUAAGGGUUAUUUUUUUAAUAAUUAAUGUGAUUACACUAACAUGAAUGGAUCCAAACUACUGUUAAAUUAUAACGUGUAUUUUUAUAAGUAUUAUAGAUUUAUUCCGAACUAUUACCACCAACUUAGCGGUACCUACAAUAUAUAAAUUUUACUGGAAAAUAAUUAUUUAAAUAUGGCUAACCAACAAAUCAGAGAUCGUUAAAGUCACACAUAUUAUGUUAAAUUACAAGUUAAUAAUUUAACAUAAUAUUAUAAAAUAUCAAUUUAACAGAAUAUUUAUCUGCAAAACUAUAUUUUUUUUUUUCUGAUACGCGAAGUGGGCGAUAAUGGUUCGAUACACUCGUGCCAAUAAACAGUACAAUUCAAAAUGGCGCAUACGCUAUUUCCCCCUUGAAGCGACUAAAGUCCAUUUUCCAUUAUGAGCUAAGCAGUGAGCAGUGAGCGAGAUCAAAGAAACUAUUUUACAGUUUCCACUAAUGGCGAGUUAAGAGCUAAGCAACUUUUCAAUUAAUGUCGCAUAAUUUACUGUCUGAACAAAUCCUUAGCCCGCAUCUCUAUACAAAAAAAUCGCACCAUUGAACGAUUAGCUUUUCGUAUUUCGCAUUGCUUAGCUAAGAAAAUAAUAGGUGAUUGUGGAUAUUAUAAACAUCCUUGGCUGCUUAUCUCUGGUCGAAAAGCCGCUUAAGAUUUGUACGCUCGCAGUCUUAAUGGUGCAUCCACACACAGAUACAUGCUCAUCGAGCAAGAUUCAUCGAGCAUUGCUAAACAUGAACUUUCGUUGACACAUAUGAUCUUUAAUGAAGCUUAGUUUCUACUAGAAGUAUUGAGCCGAGGGACACCUAAUAUGUUGCUGUUGUAGAGUAUUUAUAAAUUGGAUUAAAAACUUAAGGAUUUUACGAACUUGGCAAAAUUAAAGCUUAGCCUAGCUUCAUCAAGUUUCUUCUUAUGAAAAGAUUUUUUACGAUUAAUGUUUAUAUAUAGUUCAAUGAAUUGAUGAGACGAUACGGAUGUCGUACAUAUAUCAACAAUAUUUUAGACACUCACAUACUCUUGAUGUGACUAGGUACACGUUUAAAUACCUUUUCAGACAUUGAGAAAAAAUUAUGUCUGCAUCUUGCUAAAGUUAACGUAAAAACCUGAAACAAGUUUGUACGUGGACGUCGACGUACUCUAUGGGUAGUUGUCGAACAUGGAAACAGUGGCGUUAAGAGAAAAGUAGAAUGAAAUGCCGAUUUUUAAACCCUUUCUUAUGUGUGACCACAAAUAUGUAUUUUCAUGAUGUAGCAACGCCAUAGAUUGUAAGCCUUGCUCUUACAUUAGAUAAGCUAGCGAAAAUAUCGAACUAAAUGACUAGAGAUGGUGCUGGUACUUAAAAUGUUCGUAUUUCUAUAGACUAUCAAUAUGUCUUCAAGACUAUCGACGCGUCACCUGCAAUGGAAUCCACGUUGAACAGUUUCGUAGUACAAACUUCGAAAAAUACUCAAAAUAUUACAACGCCAUCUAUAUUCAUUGAUUCGAAAGGUUAUAUUAUAUUCCGACAUAUACCUAUGUAAGGCAGAAUUAUCACCAAUAUGUGUUGAACCUUGGUCAAAUUAUAUUGAGUAAGUGAGAGGCGAAUAGAAACAGCGUACUUUGAUAAGUGUUCUUUGUUGGUGCUAAGUAUACUGUUUGAACUAUAAGAGCUGUUAGUUAUAGUCUCGUGCCUGUCAAAAGCCUCAUUUACAUGGAGAGAGCUCACUUAACUAACUAUCAAGUCUAGUGAUUGCAGUCAAUUUUGAACCCUUCUACGUCAGACAGAAGGGUUAUGGUUUAAAAUAUACCAAUUUUUGAUGAGCGAAGCACUUAAAUGACAUUAUUUUUGGUUAACUUCAUACUACCUCGUUCUCGUUAAUUUGUUAAGUCUGCCGCUUAUAUAAAUUUAAAAAAACACAGCAGCCUAUCAAGGUCACCAGAGGAUAUGCAUUUAUUUCCAAAUGUCUAACUUUGAAAAUGAAAAACUUUCAUAUUCAAAAACCUUUAAAACCCUAAUUGCCUUCGUUUUAAUCCCAAAGUUUUCAUCUCACAGGGUAUGCAAUGUAUUUGUUUUAUAAUUUUAACAUUUUACCAAUUUUUAUUCACAAAAUUUUAACAGGUAGAUGCUUUUAGCUGUAGAUAGGUCAACAACAUUAGGUACAUUUUAAAGUGACAUUCACGUGUUUCGAUACUCGGACGUUUGUAAUGUUUGCAAAGUCAUAAUAUGAGCGUCAAUGUAAAUGAGGCCUAAUGUAUUAAUGUAAAAGCAAAAGACUAAAGAGACAAUUAAUUCUGUAUUUAAUAUUUUAAGCGCAAAUCAUCUAAGAGGUGCAAUGCUAUUUACUUAUAUACAUUUUUAAAUAUGUUUAUAAAAAAAUAAAAAUUACGAUGUAAU